AGGAGACGCUCCCGGGCGCGACCCGCGCGGUCGGCCGUUUGGGGUAGUGCUGGGGCCCGAUGGAGGCGGCCGUGGCGCUCACCGGGGAUGCGCGCGGGCGCGCGGCGAGUCAGCCCGGCGACGGUGGAGAGAAGACCCCACCAGAGAGGAAAGUUUACAUGGACUAUAACGCAACCACCCCGCUUGAGCCAGAGGUUAUCCAGGUCGUGACCGAGGCCAUGAGAGAAGCCUGGGGGAAUCCCAGCAGUCCUUACCCCACAGGUAAGAAGGCCAAGGACAUUAUUGACACAGCUCGGGACAACCUUGCGAAGAUGAUAGGUGGGAAACCCCAGGACAUAAUCUUCACUUCCGGGGGCACCGAGUCCAACAACUUAGUAAUCCAUUCCGUGGUGCAGCACUUCCAGCACACCCGCAGCGCAGAGGGGGACGGGGCCAUGCCCCACCUCAUCACCUGCACCGUGGAACACGACUCCAUCCGCCUGCCCCUGGAGCACCUGGUGAAAGAGCAGGUGGCCGCGGUCACCUUUGUGCCAGUGUCCAAGGUGAGCGGGCAGGUGGAGGUUGAGGACAUCCUGGCCGCCGUCCGCCCGGCCACGUGCCUCGUGACGGUCAUGCUGGCCAAUAACGAGACUGGCGUCAUCAUGCCCAUUGCUGAAAUCAGUCAGCGAAUCAAAGCCCUGAACCGGAAGCGGGCAGCUUCCGGACUGCCUGUCAUUCUGGUGCACACGGACGCCGCGCAGGCCUUGGGGAAACGGCGCGUGGACGUGGAGGUUCUGGGCGUGGACUUCCUGACCAUCGUGGGGCACAAGUUCUAUGGUCCCAGGAUUGGAGCACUUUACGUCCGCGGACUCGGUGAACUUACCCCUCUGUACCCUAUGCUGUUUGGAGGUGGACAGGAACGGAAUUUCAGGCCAGGGACAGAGAACACCCCAAUGAUUGCCGGCCUUGGGAAGGCUGCGGAGCUGGUGACCAAGAACUGGGAGGCUUACGAGGCCCACAUGAGAGACGUUCGCGACUACCUGGAGGAGAGGCUGCUGGUGAACCCCGGGAUCCGCGGGGACGGGAGACCUGUCACUCUCCUCGAGGAUGAGAAGCCCUGUGUCCCAGGUGCUUGGGCUGUCUUGGUGCCCGCCUACCCUGGGGCCGAUGGGCCGUGUGGAGCCCGAGCACCAGCGGUGGGCCCGGAGGUGCUUGGCAGAGAAGGGAGCAGGCCAUCCCCAGUGCUGCUGAGCUGCGGCAUCCCCUUCGACGUGGCCAGGAACGCUCUCCGGCUCAGCGUGGGCCGCAGCACCACCAGGGCCGAGGUGGACCUCGUCGUGCAGGACCUGAAGCAGGCCGUGGCCCGGCUAGAGGGCCCGUCUGGCGCCAGGGGCGCCUCAUAGGAAGCCCUUUGUGGGCACAAUGCAGACGGCUCCCAUCUUAAUCCGUGCAAGUCUUCACUUUGUCCCGGAGAGUCUGACACAGCGACUGGACUGUGCGUGCGUGUGUGUGCGUGUGCGCGUGUGUGUGCACCUGCAUGCGUGCGCGUGAGGCCUUCAGGCCUCCUCCCCUGUCCUCGGGUCAGGCAGAUGCCACAGGUGCUCACAGGCCCAGGACACAGAUGCCUGUGCGGGACUGUCACCGUCACUGCUGCCCAGUGGCCUCAAUUGGGGUGGAGACGUUUCGGCCACAUGCUCCCCCGUGGGAAGUGGGGUGAGCCGUUUUUAUCCAGAAGACAGAUCCUAGUAUCUACAAGCAAUUGUCGGUCGUAUCAUGAGAAUAGGAAACCUGAUUUUUGCUGCAGUCACGGCCUCCCCUACGUGUUUGCACAGCAGUCGUCUGUGUGCCCUCCCCUCGUGCCCAGGGCCCUCUGCAAGCCCUUGCUCGACAGGUGGGGGCCCCCCGAAGGUCAGGCCCCACUCCCUGCUCCGCGUCCUCCUGCUUCCCCAUCCCGCCUGUCCCUCUGGCCACUGCACCCCUCCCUGCACCUCCCCCCCACACCUCCCUGCACACAGCCCUCAGGCCCCGCAGUCUUUUCCUUUUGGUCAAUUACUCAGGGCUUCAGCUCGGACAUGGGCACGACUGGGCUUGGUGUCAUUCCUGAGCAGUGAGAGUCAGUCUGGCCCUGGCUCCGCCCGCGUCGUAAUCUCAUCCACGGAAGGAUUCUUUUAUUGUCACAAGUGCUCUGUGGCGUCCUGGUACGCCUCAGCGCUCAGGCUCCUGGAGACACUUAACACAAGAGUGAUUUUUUAAUUGAAUAAACGCUUGUCACGUGUGGCUUUAAGGUGUAAAGAGCUACGUGAUGACAU